AACGCGCGUCUAAAAAUUAUAAUUGUCACACCUAUUAUUUUUUAUUUUAAGGCUAAUAAAAUUCAAAAUUGCCCGGUAAAUUAUCUGUACCGAGUCAGGCCCCUGGCUAUCCAGAGAUAGGACUCAGAUAGACAUGCUCGAAACCUUAGUUGUUGUUGUUGUUGUUUUUUUUGUGUUUUUUUUGUGUUUUUUUUUUUUUUUUUUUUUUUUUUUUUUUUAGUGGUAUAUGAGUAUGUUAAAAUUAGUCAGCCAACCAGCAACACAGCCGUGAUACAGAAAAAAACUGUUACCUGAAUCGGAAAGAAAGGCAGUAGGUUAAGUUGGAAAUCGCCGAAUCACAACACUAGACGCUGGUGGGAAAACUGUACCGUGAGCGGAAGGAAAGGUAGUAGGCUGCGUUGGGAAAUCUCUGAAACGAUGACGGACAAAAAUGUCGUUACCGCUGGUCACGAUAACGCUGCUUUUGACAUCGACGGCGAUGUCGUCGUAAUCAGCUCAACCCAGCCAACGUCAAGCGGGAACGACGUGCACGGCGUGUGUUGCGGUACAGCGAUGGUGAUGAGACCAGAAGACCAGGACACGGGAAAUGCCGAAGUAGACGAUGAGGACGACAACCCAAUGGGUUUGGAGUUUCGCGUCCAGGAUAUACCGCCGCCGCAUAUGUUAUUCGUUUUCGGGUUGCAGCAAGUUCUGCUGAGUAUAAGCUCGACGAUCUCCAUCCCGAUCAUUGUGUCGGAGAAGAUCUGCGCCGGACACCUGGAGCUGGUCAAGUCCGAGAUCAUGUCCACGUUCCUUUUUAUGUGCGGCGUCUGCACCGUGCUGCAAUGUCUGAUCGGAGUCCGGUUACCAAUUAUCCAAGGAGGGUGUCACAAGUUCAUCCCCGCCAUUAUUGCUCUGAUGGCGCUCCGUCCGGAUUGCGCACUCCCAGGCGAUCAGUCGAGUCUCAAUGUGACGAUUGCUGAACGGGAAGAAUGGCAGUCAAGAAUGAGAGAGAUUCAAGGCGGUAUCAUGCUGGCUUCGCUAGUUCAAGUUUUCAUUGGUUGCACGGGGCUGCUGGGAAUUAUGCUGCAAUUUCUUGGACCAAUCACCAUCGUCCCUACAAUAAGUCUUGUCGGUAUCUCAUUGGUGGACGUUGCCUUGAGAUUUUGUGAGAAAAACUUGUGGAUGUCGGUUUUGACCAUAGCGCUGGUGCUCCUGUUCGCCCUAUACAUGAGGAACAUAAAAAUUCCUCUCCCAGGGUGCUCUCGAAAAAAAGGUUGUUCCGUUGUCAUGUACCCGAUGUUCAAACUCUUUCCGGUGGUGCUAGCAGUUGCCAUUGCCUGGGGCGUCAGUGCAAUACUCACAGCAACAGAUUCUAUACACGGAAAGUACGUUCGGACCGACGGACGAACGGACACGGUGUACAACGCCAAGUGGUUUUUCUUUCCUUACCCAGGUCAAUGGGGGAUGCCAACUAUAACCGCAGCAAGCUUCAUGGCCAUGCUCGCUGCCACCAUCACGUCAAUCAUCGAAUCGGUCGGGGACUACUACGCAUGCGCACGGAUAUCUGGAGUUCCGCCUCCGCCGGCGCACGCUAUUAACCGCGGCAUAGCCAUGGAGGGACUCGGGAGUCUGAUAUCAGGGGCGGUGGGUUCCGGUGGCGCCACCACUUCCUACAGCCAGAACGUCGGAGCUAUUGGAUUCACAAAGGUUGCAAGUCGUUCGGCCUUCGUCACAGCCGGGGUGAUUUUCCUUGCCACAGGAAUCAUCGGCAAGUUCGGCGCGGUACUCACGAUGAUGCCCGAUCCGGUUCUCGGCGGAAUAGUCGUCGUCAGUUUCGGCAUGGUGACGGCGGUCGGACUGUCUGCCCUGUCGUUCGUUGACUUGUCGUCCGGGCGCAAUCUCUGCAUCAUCGGCUGCUCGUUCCUGGUCGGGCUCAUGUUGCCGGUGUACUUCAAGAAGUAUCCCGAUGCCAUUCAAACAGGAAGCCAAGAUGUGGAUCAAGUGCUCAUCGUCCUGUUGCGAACUUCGAUGUUUAUUGGGGGUGUUUUGGCUUUCUUCCUCGAUAACACUGUGCCUGGUACGGACGAAGAACGAGGCAUCAUAGUCUGGCGUCACCAUCUAGAAGCAAAAAAGGGUGCGAAAAAGAAGAACAGUCAAUUAUACGACUUGCCGCUCAUCACUGGUCUCUUACGGAAGUGCCGCUGCGCAAGAUAUGUGCCCUUCCUACCUACAUUUAACUUCCGGGUCAAAUCGCCGUUCAAAGCAUUAAUGUUGAGGUUCAGAAGAAAAACGAAGGAAGACGAAAACAUUGCUACUGCACAACAAAGCACACAGCUGUAGAUAUGAAUAAAGGGGACGCUACUCGUGAAUUGUUAAUUUUGACAAUUUUAAAGGCGCAUACCCUUGUUUUACCCCGAUAAAAUGGACACUAAGUUUAGUUAAUCUACAAACGUGCAACACACAUUUGGAUAAGGUUAUGACAGAGAAGCUAAAGUAUGUGAUGUUAAAACAUGGAAAUGCUGUCUAAAAAUAACUAGAGCUUGUCCUGACAACAAUUACUUCUCAGAUGAACGUAUGUUUUUUAGAAUCUUGGAAAAAAUGCAUUUUGGGGUAUUGCAAAAACCUGGAUGACCAGAACCACUUUAGGUGUACAAAAAUUAAUAUUCUAAAUGAUAAAAUGUAAGUACUUCUAAUUUAAAUUAUAAAAAAACUAGGGUAUGUCACUUUAAUAUGUUAUUGUCAUCUUGGUUUUCUAUACAUAAGCUUAUGGCUCCCAUUUCUGUAGGGGAGCCAGGCUGGUUUUUGCCCGAAUUAAAACCAAAAUGCCCAAAUCUGGACCCCCAAAAAUCAUUUUAAUCAUAUAACCAUUACUACCAAACAGCAAAAUAGAGUUGCAAACGAAUCCCUGCGCAUUUUUACAUGAAUUACAACUCAUUUUGAGGAUAGAGUGAUGGAAAUACAUGGUAAGAAGGUCUCGGGGUUAGCAUAUUUUGCCCUAAUAUCGGUCUAAUUUUUGCCCGAGUUUGAAGUUUUGCCCCUGCGCCCCCCCCCCCCUUGUUUUGUACAAUUAUGGUUGUAAAAGUUUCAAAUACAUUUUAUACGAAACUGAAGUUAUUGAUUUUACAAAAUGCAUUUCAUGUGUUCUGACUAUUAUUUAAAAUAUUAUUUUGUUAGAUAUUUUUUUAUUUUUUAAGAUAUUUAUACGAUA